AUAAAUUGUUUUUCUUUCACUUUCUUACUCUAUUGAGCAUGUCUAAUGAAUAUCGGUCUGGCAUUAUUAAAAUAAAAAAAGAAAUGAUUUUCAACAAUCUACUGGUAUUUAAUGAAGCAAAUGCAAAGUGUACCGACUGUGAAGAAGUAGGACAUUUCAAUAAAAACUAUUACAAAUGCAAGUUUUACAAAGGAGCAGCCGCUGAUGAUGGUACGGCAGUUUAAUAUUAUACAAUAAUGAUCACGUAUAGUUGGAACUUCAAACAAGAAAAGAAAGGCAAAGCAAAAGUUUGAAGCAAGCUAAACAAACAGCAAAACGACAAAAGACCACAAAUGAUAAUGUGACCAAUCUUCAUUGUAAGAAAUGCUGUGGUGAUAAUCAUUCUACAGCAAGAUCUCCCUUAUGCCCAUACAAUAUAACACCUGAAGACAGCUAAGAUUGUUUUAUGAUGUUUUCAAUUUUGGGAAACCGCGCUACAGAGGCAUUGCUGAAUUAACACCAGAUGGAAACAACCAGAUCCUUUUUUUUGGAAACUUGAUACGGACUGAUGGUUUUGUUGUUGACUUUUUUUGUUUUACAAAAGAUGUCAAGCCAGUUACGGUCCUUCUUUGCAACGCUUUGAGUUGACUCUUCACGACUUUACUUUACCAG